AGCGGUUUUGUGAAAGACUCCAUUGACGUCAUAGGGGCCUACGCAUGCGCGUGGUACGUCGCCAGCGACAACGCCACAACGCGGCAAGUAUCUCGCGACGCUCGACGUCUCGCGCGACACGUUCGGAAACCAGCCAAGCGCACGAAACCACCCACGCAAGGUCACACAAUGAGGUCACUCCUGGUGUUGGCGGCCCUGCUGCUGUGCUCGACGGCGGCACCUGUGGCGCAGCAUUCAACAGGACCAGCGUCUGAUCAUAAUAAAACGGAUCAACCUGUUGCAGAGCUUGAGAAGCUGAAGGCUAAUAAUGAGUCAGCGGCUGACAACCUGCACGACGCGGGCACGACGGGCGCGCGCGAGCAUCUGCAGUACCACAGCGUCGAGGGCGUGAAGAUCAACGACGAGGUGGUGUCCCGGCUGGAGCAGCACGUGGUGGGUGAGAUGUCCCCGGGCGAGUCGCCCCACGUGCAUGGACAUCUGCGCCUCGACGUGCCCGCGCAGGGCAUACACAAGGAGGUUAUACAGAAUGGAGAGAAAGUAAUCCAACACGACAUAGCACCCACGACCACCCCGAGCAACGACGAGCAGACUACUAAGGUGUUCCACGGCGCGGCGCGGCUGGUGCAGGCGGGGCCGGGCACCAACCUGCCGCAGCACACCGCCGUGAGACGAGCCUUCAACGCAGACAUCACCAAGGAAAUGAACAAUAACAUGGACCACUACUCGUCCUACUCUGGCGUGCAGUACUCUCCGCUGGACAUGGCGGAGUACGUGUUCUGGACGGGCGACGAGCGCGGCGUCACCGCGGCCGUGGAGGAGUUCCUGCAGGAGGGGAUGAUGAGCAAGGAAGAAGCGAUCGUGUUCCUGCAAGAGAUAAAGUUCAACAUCGACUACCUGCGCGCGCACUACGCUCAGAACGUGAAGGCUGAGGAGGUGGCUCAGCAGGAGAAGCUGCGCGCCAUGCUGGCGGAGCAGGCCGCUGCUAAGGAAUCCUACCAGCCGUACCGCGCGCCGCCGUCCCUGCAGUCGUUCCCGUUCGCGAGCAGCCCCGACAUCAUCCGGUCCAUCGCGUCCCGCAACUGGGAGCUGAGCAACGCGCUGAGUCCGGGAGCCCCCGCGCGGCCCGUCAGUGAGAUGAGGGGAGACCUGAGGGGUGAUCUGAGGAGCGAGGUGAAGAGGAGCGCAUAUGACCCGAUGCUGCAGACUAAUAUACUGAGCACGUCCGACUACGACCGCGACGGCGGCGCGCUGGUCUCAGACGAAGAAUACUCGGACAUGAUGGAGCGGCUCCGCGCGGCGGACUCGCUCUACACCGAGUACACGCUCGAGGAGAUCAUCUAUCAACUCGCCAAGAUGAUGUUCUCUCAGUCGCUCUCGCACGACCCGCGCGAGGCGCGCGCGGCGCUGCAGCGGUUCAUGGCCUUCCUUGAGCUGGAGGCCGAGCGCGGGCAGCUGAGCCGCUCCAUCGAGAAGAAAGUACUCGACGUGAUGGUGGCAGCCCUGUCGGACACCAUCGGCGACCACCCCGAGCUGAUGCAGGCGCGAGAAGGAACUAACCCGGGCAGCCGACUAAUGCGUCAAUUCCUGGAGCAGAGUGUAGCCGAGCCCGGCAUGUCCCGCGCCAUGCUCGCCGCAUACAAAGACGAACUCCUCAAGAGCCCACCGCUACACAAGCUAGCCUACUCAGAGAGGAACUAACUUGCCAAACCUGCUACCUAUAUGUGAGCUUACUGUACACUUCGUUUGUUUCGCUCUUCGGUUUUUGAAUUUCGAAUUUAUACUUUUUUACUAUUUGUAAGGACGGGAAAAGGAGGAUAGAAAUUGGAAGGACAGGACUGGCUGGUUAUGCUUUUUGAUUUAUUUUUAAAGAAAACAUUUAUAAUUUUUUAUAAUCAUCAUGUACGUUUAUUAAAAUACGGAGUAAAGUAUGUAUUUUUUUCAGUAGGUAUUUCCUACGCAUAUUUUAGACAAAAAUUGACAUCACUAAUUAGAAAAUGCCCUGUGUUUUAUUCCGGACAUCAAUUACAAUUUAAGAUAUUUAUCUACAAUCUAUCUUAACUUUAAUUAUAAAUUAAAAUUAAUUGAGUAAGUACAUUUAUAGUUUCUUGCAUGUUUGGUAUUUUAAGUCCGUAGUAGUUAUAUAAUUUAACAGAAUUAUACAUUUAUAUUGGAUUUUAAAACAGAUGCAUUAGAAAGUAGGAUCUAUAGAAUUUCCAUGUCUAUUAGAUUUUAUAUUGUUUGUAAAUAUAUAAUAGCCUUUAAGAACAUGUUAAACUUAUCACUAUAGAUAUAACUACAGAGAUCUUUCUUUAUUACUAUGACUCAAAUUAUAUUUACUGUAGCAUUGAUGUACCAUUGAUGUACCUACUAUUAGCAUUGAUGUAUGUAUUAGUAUACAUCUAUCAGUUCAGUAUUAUGCUUUGCUAAUUUAGGUUACCUAUUUCUUUGAUUAAACAAAAUAGAUGUUAGUUAGUUAAUAAUUUAAGCUCAGAAUUUAUACACAAAUAUUAUCUGCAGUGCGUAGUUAGUACAAUGCCAAUAUCAGUAUUUCUUUUAAGUUUACAAAAGUUACCAAAUUGAUGCUUCAAAGUCAUGUAUCAUGUCAUAUUAUAGUAUAUUAUCAAAGGCAUGGUACAGAAUUGUAUAUGGAAUUGAAUAAGCAUAAUACUUUAAAAAAACUACAGCUUUCAACCACGAGUGUCUUUAUGGCUACACGAUAAAGGCUAGGUUUGCUCGGCAACACUCCUUCAUAUCGUAUUAGUACAAAGGGAAAGAAGGAACACCACUGGCAAAUUGUUACCAUAGCAGUUACAUGUUGAGAAUACAGUCUUCCUGAAGAAUAUAUUAUACUGUAAGGGUAAGAGUCCACCUCUCGGUAUAUAUCGUACGUAUCGCAUCAAAAGGAUUGUCAUUAAUUAAUGUAGAAACGGCUUCGGCAAUGCCGAUGAAGUAGACACACUUGUGUGAAUUUCUAUGCAAAGAAUACUGAAUGUGAUGCGUCCGUUACGUACGAAAGGUGGACUUUAAAUGAAAGCCAGCGCGGUACCGCCAUAUCAAGUAAAUUCAAACAUAUCUGCUUCAUAUGAUGAAAGGAAAGACAAUUAUGCUACAUGUCUAAAAGGACCAGAAUAUAUAAGAAUGAGAUAUAAAAACAACAUGUGACUGCACGAAAGCAGCUAUUUUAUUAAUCUUCUAAACAUACAGAUACCUAUUUAUAUAAAUAAAUUACAAUUUAAGGAGAAAAUGUUAUAUAUAAAUAAUAUUUACUCAGAACAUGACUUUCAUGUAUCUAUUAGAUUGCCAACUUAAAACAUCAACUAUUAUUAAAAACAUAUUAUAAUAUUUUAGCUCCAAACUGCUACAUGUGUUAGUAAAUCAGUAACAUAUUUGUAAUGUUUAUAUUAUUCUUUGAAAUAUAUUGUGGAUUUAAUAAAAAAGUUAAACCGUCAA